AUGGAUGACCCAGCACGCAGCGCAUUGGGCACUGUCCAGAUCCGGAACUCAUCUACAAACCAGAUUAUUCUAAUCCCAACGCCUAGCAAUGAUCCAAACGACCCUCUUAACUGGUCCAAGAUUCGGCGUUACUACAUCGCCAUCUCAGCAUGCGUCGCCAUGUUCCUGUGUACCUUUUUGGCCAGCGGCCCGUCUGUGGCACUUCCUGAAAUGGCGCAAGACUUUUUAGGACACUCGACAUUAACACCGCCUCAACGCAUUGCCAAAGUAGCGUACUUCAUUACAACCGUGACUCUCAUGCAAGGCGUUGGAUGUCUUGCAUGGAUCCCACUCAUUAUCAAAUACGGCCGCCGACCUAUCUACAUUGCCGCUUUCACGUUGUACACUGUAACCGCAAUCUGGGCGGCAGUGGCUGACUCCUACGCAAAUCACCUUGCUGCAAGGAUUGUGAUGGGAUUUGCGAUAGGGGCUGGAGAAUGCUUAGCUCCCGUCACAAUCGCAGAUGUCACCUUUCUCCAUGAACGCGGCUUAUUGAUGGCCGUGUACACAGCCUCGAUUUCGGGUGGUGUAGCUGGGGGUAUUAUUGUCUCUGGUUUGAUCACCAUCGAUCAUGGAUGGCGGACAAUUUACUACGUGUCAAUUGCUCUCAUUGGCGCAAUGACUAUUGUCUUAUGCUUCACCAUGCCUGAAACCUCAUACAUCCGAAAUCCAGUCCCGGCCGAAACCGCCAGUGCCGUGUCUCCUUUAGAUAAAGAAGGCAGCACCGACUAUACCGAAAAUGCCGACUUCAGGGAGCAGAGUAUUCCGAAAAAGCAUACAUAUCUUCAAGAACUUCGUUUAUUUCAUGGCAAAUUCACAGAGGAGCCGUUGAUCAAGAUAUUUGUUCGACCAAUUGGGCUCCUGAUUCUACCUCCAGUGCUGUGGGCUACGCUAGUCACGUCCGUGCUGAUCGGGUUUCUAGUGGCAGUCUCUUCCACAUUUUCGACUGCAUUCGGCCAGGUUUACAAGUUUGAGCCAUAUCAAUCUGGAUUAUGCUUCAUCUCGGCUCUGAUUGGAUCUCUUGUUGGCAUUGCCGUUGGAGGGAAGUUUACUGAAGUCGUUGCUGAUUAUUUCACCAAGAGAAAUGGAGGUGUCAGAGAACCAGAAAUGAGGAUUCCGGCCAUAAUAAUUAGCGUAGUAGCAGCUCCAACUGCUCUGGUACUGUAUGGCGUCGGUAUCCAAACCAGAUUACACUGGAUGGUCCCAACAAUCGGGCUUGCUCUACUCAACUUUUCCAUCGUCCAGGCGGUCAACAUAAGCAUGGUGUACACGAUCGACUCAUAUCGGCCAAUUGGAGGGGAGGUUGUCGUAACUCAAUUAGGUUUCAAAGCCUGUUUUGGAUUUCUACUUUCCUUUUACACCAACCCAUGGAUUGACCGAGUUGGCUACAGUAUUGCUUUCGGUACAAUGGCAUCCAUUACUGGAGCAGUCCUCCUGGCAGGUAUCCCAUUUUAUUUUCUCGGAAAAGCGAUCAGACAUAAUUCCCUCCGCUGGCGGGCGCUACGAUUUGUUCUUUGGAGCAAAGAUCGAGAACUUGGAGAGUAG